AUGGCAAGCUCAGAAAACGUCUUCAUUACCUUCCUGGCAGUUACGUCUUUGACGUUGAUUCAGUGCCCCAUGUGUUCUCAGGGGGCUCCCCAAGGCCAGCCAGACUAUGCCGUUGUUAUUCCUGCUGAUGGCCUUACUGAAGACGCACGCUACGACUUCUGGCUCCAGGCCAGCGAAACAUUCCAGAUAAUUGAUCGCACAGCUGAUUUUAGUGCCAUGGUUGAGCCACCGACGUUUUCCACGGAAGCUUACGCUUAUGAUAAUCCCAACUGUGACCUAGGGCGUAAGAUCAGUUACAAGCAAGAAUUCGCAUUCGCGCACCCAGGCCAUAUAUUUUGGCGGAGAGAUGUUGAUAGAGACGAGUUGGAUGGCAGAAAAUACACCUUCACCACCCCGCCAGCAGAUGGCUUGGAUGACGGCCUUGUUGAGUUCUGCCUGGUAGUCACGGGGCCCGCCACCCACAAAGCAGGAGAUGACCCAAAUAUCGUGUUUAGACGCCGGCUUCAAGAGCAAGAGUUUUUUGCUGUCAGUGAACAUACUCUGACAGUCGUCAUUCACGCAGGUGCGCGCAACAGACUGACCGGGACUCUAGCCGCCGCUUUCGUAGCCGUCGCUCUCUCCUUGCUAUCGAGUGGGUGA